AGGAGGCGACAUCGGCCGCCGGACCCACUCCACCACCUGCCCGCUUUCCCGCACAAAGUUCAUUCCUCCUCCUAUUGGUCAGAUGCUCGCUCGCCUCCCCCUGCCGUCGCGCCUCGUCUUCCUCUUCCCCUCCCGCCGCCUCUCCGCCGCCGGCGACUCCCCUGCCGUCAAGAUGGCGGCGCGGUCGGCGCUCGACGAGGUCACUGACUCCGGCGCCUUUGACCGCUCGCCGUCCACCUUCCGGAGCUCCGUGUCUAGGGACGGCUCCUCCCGGUUCCCCGCCGUGCCUGGGAGGUACCACCUCUACGUCUCCUACGCGUGCCCCUGGGCGUCCAGGUGCCUCGCCUACCUCAAGCUCAAGGGCCUCGACCACGCCAUCGGCUUCACCUCUGUGAAGCCCAUCUUUGAGAGGACCAAGGAGACCGACGACCAUCUGGGCUGGGUUUUCCCGGCCACCGGAGACGAGGAGCCCGCCGCCGAGCCGGAUCCUUUCAACGGAGCCAAGAGCAUCCGGGAGCUCUACGAGAUCGCCAGCCCAAAUUACGCCGGGAAACCAACUGUUCCGGUUCUCUGGGACAAGCAGCUUAAGACCGUGGUGAACAAUGAGAGCUCGGAGAUCAUCCGGAUGCUCAACACCGAGUUCAACGAGAUCGCAAGGAAUCCAGGUCUGGAUCUCUAUCCUGCUCAUUUACAGGCAUCCAUAGAUGAGAUCAAUGAGUUGGUGUACGACACGAUAAACAACGGCGUGUACAAAUGUGGCUUUGCCAAGAAACAGGGGCCAUAUGAUGAGGCUGUCACAAGAUUAUAUGAGGCUUUGGACAAAUGUGAGGAGAUUCUAAGCAAGCAACGUUAUAUAUGUGGCAACCAGUUGACAGAGGCUGAUGUUCGCUUGUUUGUAACUCUUAUAAGAUUUGAUGAGGUUUAUGCUGUUCAUUUCAAAUGUAACAAAAGGCUUAUCAGGGAAUACCCCAAUCUGUUCAAUUACACCAAGGACAUCUACCAGAUUCCUGGCAUCAGCAGCACAGUUAACAUGGAGCACAUAAGAAAGCACUACUACGGAAGCCAUCCGUUCAUAAAUCCUUACGGGAUCAUCCCUGCAGGCCCUAACAUCGAUUACAAUGCUCCACACGACAGAGAGAAGUUUGGUGCCUAGGAGAUCUCUUAUGGUAUACUUCUAUAGAAAGAAAUCACUAUGCUUCAUUGCUAUGACAUCGAGGUUUUGGCUAAGAAAUGUUUGAAGGGCGGAUUUGUGCUUGGUUGUAAUACAAGGAUUGUAAAAGGUGAUCGAUAGGUAAUAAGAAGAGAAAAACAGUCAAGUAGACAACCCAAAGCUAUAUGGUAAUAAAUCACAAAGUUCUUUGUUU